AUGGCUGUUGGAGAAGGCUCGUUAGGUGCUGGUGAGGCGCUCUGUGCUCUCUCACAGUCGAACGCCAAUCUUUACGAUUCAGAAUUUUCCACUCAACAAUCAAACGACUUACCGGAUGAAGUGCGAAACUUUCGUACGGCUAAUCGUUGCGAGAGUCCGAAUGUUGCAGCUGAAACAUCUCGUUCGUCAACACCAACCUAUGAAGUUCGCUUUUAUAUGAUAGUUGAAUUAUUCCCAUUUUCUUUUUCGUUAAAAAUGCUCUUUUCCUCAAAUUGCUUACAAGUCCAUCAUCUCUCGCACUGA